UGAACGCACCAUCUAACUACAGGAAGUAAGAUGUGUUUUUUAUCAGUCGCUUGUGUAGCCAUGAAAGCUAACUACAACAAGCUGCAACUUCUGUAAAGCUACUGUCAUACCACACGGCCGAAAUGACAACACUGGCACAUUAACUCUUAAAAUAUGUAUGCUGAAUUUGUUCAGAUGUUUCAGUGUUCACUGAGGAGGAAACGACACCGCGGACGAAAGAGUAGCUAAAACAACAGCAAGCUCAGUAUUAUGCUGGACGUGGGGAAGUGGCCAGUGUUUGCCCUCCUUCCUCCUGAGGAGCUACGGCUUAUCCGGCAGGCUUGUGUCUUUGGCAGCGCUGCAAAUGAAGCCCUGUAUGUCACAGUUAAUGAUGAGGUGUUUGCUCUGGGCACUAACUGCAGCGGAUGUUUAGGGCUUGGAGACCUUCAAAGCACUAUUGAGCCGCGCAGGAUUGAUGUCCUGUGUGGAAAAAAGAUUGUGUCCCUGAGCUAUGGAACAGGACCACAUGUGGUUAUCGCUACUUCAGAUGGAGAGGUGUUUGCUUGGGGCCAUAAUGGCUACAGCCAGCUUGGCAACGGAACCACCAACCACGGGCUGACCCCUGCCCUCGUGUCCACCAAUCUUCUAAGCAAGAGAGUAACAGAAGUGGCCUGUGGAUCCCACCACACCAUAGCUCUCACAACUGAUGGAGAGGUUUUCGCAUGGGGUUACAACAACUCAGGCCAAGUAGGUUCAGGCUCAACUGCAAACCAGCCAACACCGCGCCGGGUCAGCAGCUGCCUGCAGAACAAAGUGGUUGUUAACAUAGCCUGUGGUCAGCUAUGCUCUAUGGCUGUGUUGGACAAUGGAGAGAUCUAUGGUUGGGGCUACAACUGCAAUGGACAACUGGGUUUAGGCAACAAUGGAAAUCAGCAGACCCCAUGCAGGAUUGCUGCUCUUCAAGGUGUCAAUAUCGUCCAGGUUUCCUGUGGAUAUGCACACACAUUGGCACUUACAGAUGAGGGGUUUGUUUACGCCUGGGGAGCCAACUCGUACGGGCAGCUAGGAACAGGAAAUAAGAGCAACCAAGCUCUGCCCACUUUGAUAAACACAGACAAGGAGAGGAUGGUGGAGGUGGCUGCAUGUCACACCAGCCACACAUCCGCUGCCAAGACCCAGAGUGGGCAGGUUCUAAUGUGGGGUCAAUGUCGGGGUCAGGCUGUGGCCAGCCCCCACCUCACCCAUUUCAGCAGCACUGAUGAUGUGUUUGCCUGCUUCGCCACACCAGCAGUCACGUGGCACCUCCUCUCAGUAGAUGGUGAUGACUACCUGACUGUGGCCCAGUCUUUGAAGAAAGAGUUCGACAGCCCAGAGAUUUCAGAUCUGAAGUUCUUGGUUGAUGGGAAGUGUAUCCAUGUUCACAAAGCCCUGCUGAAAAUCAGGUUUAGUGGGCGCAAAAGUUCCAAAACCCUUUAG